UAGACAAAACUCUGGCGCUGUUGUUCUACACGUUAAACACACACUCACCAACUUUAACCGAUAAUAUUUUUUUUUUACAAAUCUCACUUUAUUCAUAUUUUGGUAAGUGGAGGGAAUUCAAUUUCUAUUGUUCGAUUUUAGAAAUUCUCAUCAAUCAAAUCAUCAGGAAUAAAUCAACAUGGCUGCUGCAACAUAUGAGGGACAUUCAUCAAAACGUCUAAAAACUGAUCAGGAUCGUGGUUUCAACAACAAUAACUACUUUAGCCAUUCAAAUUCUCGUUAUGCCGGCAUGCCAAGAGAGCAUGAAGAACGACUUAAUCACGUUCUCUUAUUGACUGUCAUAAAUCCAGCCUAUCCGAUUACAUGUGAAGUCAUUCAUCAAAUUUGUAGCCCAAACGGCAAAGUGUUGCGCAUUGUCAUAUUUAAAAAGAAUGGCAUUCAAGCAAUGGUCGAAUUUGAUUCAAUUGAAUCGGCUAAACGAGCUAAAAGUGUCCUAAAUGGAUGUGACAUUUAUAGUGGAUGCUGUACACUUCGUGUUGAAUAUGCUAAGCCAGUUCGUCUGAACGUUUACAAGAAUGAUCUUGAAAGCUUCGACUAUACAAAUCCGGGAUUAGCAGGUAAACUACCCGUAACUGAUGAUCCCUACAGCCAUCAUGAUGCAUACAAUGCUGGUACUCGUCAUCCUGCACCGCCAUAUAUGCCGGAUUCUUACCUUCCACCUGGCGAUGCUUAUCGUGAUGGCCGUCCAGGAGUUCUCGGAAGUAUACCAAAUUCUGGCUAUCCUGGUCAGACACCGUUGAUACAAGGAACUCCAGUCACACAACAAGGUGGACCGCAGCAAGGUGCUGUUCUUAUGGUAUAUGGUUUGAAUCAUCAGAUCAUGAAUUGUGACCGUUUGUUUAAUUUGCUUUGCCAAUAUGGCAAUGUUGUGCGAAUCAAAUUCUUGAAAAGCAAAGAAGGUUGUGCCAUGGUACAGAUGGGUGAUUCAAUUUCGGUUGAACGAUCAAUUUCUUCGUUGAAUAAAGUUUCAUUUUUUGGCCAUGAAAUGCAACUUGGUUUCUCCAAACAGGCUUUUCUCAAUGAUGUUAAACAACCAUUCGAAUUACCUGAUGGUACACCAUCAUUUAAAGAUUUCAUGGGAAAUCGUAAUAAUCGUUUUACUAAUCCUGAAUCUGCAUUGAAGAAUCGUAUCUCACAACCGGCCGAAGUAUUACAUUUCUUUAAUGCUCCAUAUGGCAUCACUGAACAGGAUAUUAUGAACAUUUUUGAAGAACAUUGUUCAAAUAACAAACCAAAUUCGAUCAAAUUUUUCCAAUCGAAAACUGAACGAAGUUCUUCUGGUUUGAUUCAAUUCGAAACUGUGUCAAACGCCAUUGAAGCAUUAGUUAUUUGUAAUCAUGUUUCCAUUCCUAAUCCAAAUGGAAAAUUCCCUUUUGUCUUCAAACUCUGCUUUUCAUUGGCUGCAGCUCGUUUUUAAAUUCAAGGAUGAAGAAGAAUUAAACCAGCGAGUUUUGAUUAUUCAUUUAAUUUUUUAUUUGAUUAAUUAUACUUUAAUCAUAUUAUUAAUCAAUUUAUUCAAUCAUA